UGUGAGAAAUGAAAUUAGAUUCUUCCUUCUCUCUUCUUCUCCUCUUUCUCUGCUAGUUUAUCCUUCUUCUUCUUGUUGCUCUCUUCUCUUGCUUCGUUUCCUCCCUUUCUCUUCUCUUCACACUUGAACUCACUUGACAGAGUUGAUGAGAGUUGCUCUGCUUUAUCCAUGGCUGUUUCAACAUGGUGCGGUGAGUGUGGACUGAAGUAGAGGCUCCGAUCACGAGAUCGAGUGUGAAAAGUCCCGAUCUGAAGAAUCGUGCAACUGUGCAAGGAUCUUGAGCAAGGAAGCUCGGGAUCUGGUCAGUAGAAUUUGAUGACCCUUGAAAAUUGAAGGUUUUCUUUGAGAAAUUGAGAAAUUGAACCAGAAAUGGCAGAACAAGUUCCGCAGAACAUUGACAUUCAAGUUCUUGCAAACCUGUUGAAUCAGGUCAAUCAGCUACAAUCAGCUACAAACCGUGCGAACGUGAAUCCGAUCAUGGAUCCGGUGAGUCCUUAUUUUCUGCAUCUUGGAGAAAGUCCAGGAGUGCCUUUAGUUUCAGUAAUUCUUGGUGCAAAUAAUUACCAUGCAUGGGAGAGAGCUAUGUGGAGAGCAUUGAAGUCAAAGAACAAAUUAAAGUUUGUUAAUAGUUCCAUUACUAAACCAGCAGAAGAAGACUCUUUGUUUGAGGCAUGGGAUAGGUGCAACACCUAUAUUGUGUAUUGGUUGAAUCUUUGAUAGCGCAAAGUAUUAUGUAGAUGAACAAUGCCACUGACAUCUGGAAUGCGCUGAAACACAGGUAUUGUCAGGGUGACUUGUUUAAAAUUGCAGAAUUGCAAGAAGAGUUGUUUGCAACCAAACAGGGUGACUUGAGCAUCACUGCGUAUUUAAACAAAUUAAAAGGGAUUUAGGAGGAAUUAGAUAAUUUUUCUCCUAUGCCAGCUUGUAAGUCUUGUAUUGGAGAGUGUGACUGUGGCCUUGAUGUUGUGAGAAAGCAUAAAGAAGAUGUGUGUGGUUAGGAUGCUAAGAGGUCUCAAUGAUCAAUAUGCUGUUGUAAGAUCAUAGGUAAUGUUCAUGAAGCCAGUUCCCGAUGUUGAUGCUGUGUUUUCAUUGCUUCUGCAGCAAGAACGACAAAAUGUGGAAUCACUUGAAUGUAGAACUUUGAUGGCCAGCUCAGACACAAAGUCGAAUUAUGCCAUGAAUCCCCAAGCAAGCUCAAACACGAAAGGGGGAAGAGACUUCAGAGGUAGAGGUGGUAGAACCACUUAUGGAAGAGACUGCCGAACUCAAGGAUACAAGCAGUGCAUCUUUGGUGGAAAAAUUGGUCACACUGAAGACACAUGUUAUAGAAAACAUGGUUUUCCACCUCAUUUAAGAAUUGGAAAUGGAGGAAGCAUAAUCAACAAUAAUAUAAUUACUGAUGAGCAUGAAAAAAAAGUCAACAAUACACCUCAGGAAGUUCAGCAUAACUCCAAGAUCUCAUUUUCUGUAGAUCAAAAGUUAGCAUUGUUGGCACUUCUAGAGAAGCAAAAACCACAACAGCAAAGUCAUAAUCAAACCAUCACACUACCAUCUAGCAAAGGAUCCAGUUUCCAAGAAGAGGAUUGGAGUAGCUGAACAAAGAAGGGGAUUGUAUGCUUUUAAGAAUUUAAAACCAGACACAUCAACAAAUAUCACAUCAGCAUUGUCAUCUAUGGUCUUGCUCUGCAAUUCCAGUAAAGAUGAUUAAGAAGAAAUUUGGCAUAUUAGACUAGGUCACAUACCAUCUCAGAGAAUAAAUGUGAUGCACAAAUCAUAUAGUUUUUUUGAAAAAUAAAGCGAACAUUGGACCCUGUGACUCUUGUCACUAUGCUAAACAAAAACGACUUUUAUUUUCUUCUAGCAUGUCUAAGUCUAUGAAUUUGUUUGAGCUAGUACAUGUGGAUAUAUGGGGCCCUAUUGGAGCAGUUUCCAUUAGAGGACACAAAUAUUUCUUGACUGUAUUUGAUGACAAAAGUAGAUAUACUUGGAUUUUUUUCAUGAAAUCAAAGGCUGAGACAACU